AUGGAUAAACCGGAAGGGGGCUCUAGUGUUGCUGAUAAUGCUGCUCCGGUGCUGGACACUGUUAAAGUGCUGUCGGAGUCUGAUAGAACGCCAUCCCAUCAGUCGCUCUCCUCCACAUGGCUAACUAACCUAAAAGCGCGCGCUGGGUCUGUUGUGACACCAGAUAUUCUACGAAAGCAGUCAGGUAUAUUUGGCGAACAAGAUUCAAGGCCUGAAAUGUUGGAGUCACGCAAAGGAUCACCAGAGGCAGAUCAGCCGCAAAUCCGAGACCAACCUGAGACUGAAGGCAACGCAGAAGAGAAUUUGGUAACGCUUCGUGAUUUUAGGCGACAACAAGAGACCGAAACUUCCAUAAGUGAAGACCAGACUGGUUUGGCUGAAAUUGAGCCGAUUGAGCCAGCCCAGCCACAACAGAAACCGUGGUGGUAUUGGGGAGCCAGAGAGACGAUCCCCCCUCCUCCGCCUCUUCCACCACCACCAGAAGUGCUUGAUUCGGACAUCCGUGUGGCUUUAAUAGUUCCGAGUGAACAGGACUUAUCUGAGGUUGUUUCAGAGGUGCAGGCUGCGUCUUUAGAGACUGCCUCGGAGGAGCAAUUGACCACUCAAGACACCGUGGAGCAGCAGGUUGAGGCCCAACAGCAUGUCCAGCUGCCUCAGAACUGGAUUCAGUGGAUUAACCCUGCUACUUAUGUACCUACGAUAUCUGGGUUUAUGUCUAAGCCUCUGGAGCCGCAUGUUUCCGAAGGCAUGAUGCCCAACGAGAUCUCUGCUGUGGUGAACAGCGGCGAGUUUGCCUCAGAAUAUUCUUCAGUGUCGCAGACAAAUAGCAGUGUUCGCAGUGGUAGUGUUUUGAAACCGGUUUAUAAUCCAUGGAUGCCAUGGACAUGGGCAAAUGCUUCCUCGUCGCCGCAGGACUAUCCCCAGGAGUCCACACUGGCGUCUGUGUACUCCAAUAAAGACUCGGAGGAGAACGCUAAGGCUGCGAGAAAAGCCGUAGAGACUACUCCACAAACGGGAAAUUCAUGGGGAUUCUGGUUACGGCGGAGCGCCGCAAAUACGUCUUCCAUUGGGGAGUUGGCGGUUUCGGGAACAGACAGCUUGAACCGACCUGCGAAGAUAACUGGUGAGUUCCCCAAGACACCGCAAGAAAAGCAAGAGAGCUUGCUAAAGUCUGGAAAUGGGCAUGCCAAUGGGGCCCAAGAUGAAUUGGAAGUGAAAAAAAGUCGCGUGUUGCCUUUACUUAAUGAAAAUUACCGCGAUCUCACGUUUAAAACGCGAACCAGGAUUUGGUGGAGUCAGAUGGUUCCCCUGGUCAAGAAAGAAAAGCAUCUAUAUCACUUACCCUGGUUCUCUAAGUCUGGCACCAUCGAAGGAGACGAAAAACUGCCUUCCAGCAAGGACACCAAAGUUAAGAAGGCUGUGAUCAUUGGUGUGCAUGGAUACCUACCAAUCAAGAUGGUGAAGACCCUCAUUGCCCAACCCACUGGAUCUGCUGUCAAAUUCGUGGAGUCUGCUGCGGAUGCACUGGAAUAUUGGGCAGUUAAACAGGGUAUGAAUCUGGAGAUAGAGACUAUAGCUCUCGAUGGUGAGGGAAAGAUCUUUGAUCGGGUUGCCAGUUUGCUUAUUUUGCUGAAUAACUGGAUGGAUCUUCUUCACACCGCAGACUACGUCUUUUUUGCUUCUCAUUCACAAGGUGUUCCAGUGACUAUCCAUAUAGUGGCCCAGCUAUUGCAAAGAGGUCAUUUGGCAAAUGCUUCAAGGGUUGGAUUAAUCAAUAUGGCAGGUAUAUGCCUGGGACCAUUUCCAGGCUUAGACUCAAAGCUGGCCAUUCGCGCUUACUCCAAGCUCGAAAAUGAGAUUAUGAUGGAGCUGUUCGAUUUCCAGGAUCCAAUGACGUACCAGUCCCAACAACUAGUGACGUCUUUAGAUGUUCUUCUGGACCACAACGUCAAGGUUACUUUUAUCGGCUCGACUACUGACCAAUUGAUCCCACUGAAUUCUUCUCUGUGCAUCCAUCUGGAUCAUCCCAAUAUCUUUCGGUGCGUUCAUAUAGACGCAGAGGCUGAAAAUAGCGAUUUCGUUGUAGACCUACUCGAUGUUUGUCUCAAACUGAUAAAUCUAGGAAUCAAUGAUCACGGAAUGCUGUUUGAGAUUAGCCAGUAUCUUUCUGGAACACUUGUCAAUGGUGGACAUUCCAAGGUAUUUGCUGAGAGAGACGUCUAUUUGCGCGGAAUCGAGCACACGCUCGAGACAUCCAACCUCUACCAUAAGGUUCCCUCUAGGCUCCACGAGAUUAAUACUAAGCGGUUUCAGUCGAAUCCGUACCAUCUUCCGUGGUGCAUUCGGGGUUUCUUUCAGGAGUUGUUACGCCUGAAGACUCAGUUGGACGGUUAUGCUGUGGGCAAACGCAUCUUUGACGAGUUCAAGACGUGGAAUCCGACAUCCAAACAGUUAAAAGACCUGAAAUAUUGCACUGGUAUUGUUGAUGGUAUGGACUAUCAUGAGUUAGUUGAGUUUUAG